AUGCCUCCAAUUCAAAAAGGCUCGACCGUACUAGUCACUGGCGCAAAUGGCUUCAUCGGUAGCCACAUCGUUGACCAGCUCCUCCAGCUAGACUACAAGGUUCGCGGCACCGUCAGAACAGAAGCGAAAGGCAAAUGGGUCCAGGACUUCUUUGACAACAAGUAUGGUCAAGGUAAACUCGAGCUUGUCGUUGUGCCUGCCAUGGGCGUGAAAGGCGCCUUCGACGAUGCUGUCAAGGGCUGCGAGGGAGUCGUCCACGUCGCGACCAACAUUUCCUUCUCCAAGAACCCCAACGAGGUCAUCCCAGACGUCAUUAACGGUGUCACCCACACUCUCGAUGCCGCCAACAAGGAACCCUCGGUCAAGCGAUUCGUCUUCACAUCGUCUUCUACCGCUGCAACCAACCCUAUCCCCAACAAGGAGUUCAACGUUGACCAGUCGUCGUGGAACCAAUACGCCAUCGACAAGGCCUGGGCUGAUCCACCCUACACCGAGGCCGACAGAGCUUGGAACGUCUAUGGCGCUAGCAAGACCCAGGGAGAGCAGGCUGUAUGGAAAUAUGUCAAGGAGAACAACCCUCACUUCGAGUGUAACACCAUUCUCCCUAACGCAAACUUCGGCCCUAUCCUCGACAAGAGUCAGGAUGCAAGUACUGCUGGGUGGAUCAGGGACAUUUUCACGAAGGGGUUCGCACCUCAGCUUGAGCAGAUUCCACCUCAAUGGUUCGUCAACGUCCAGGACACCGCACGCCUGCACGUCGCCGCUCUCAUUGAUGCCGACAUUAAGAAUGAACGUGUCUUCGCCUACGCCGAGCCUUUCAAUUGGAAUGACGCCCUCGCCGCCAUGCGCAAAGCUCGUCCCGAUAGUGAGGUCCCGGAAGACCGCAAGGACAACAGCAGGGAUUUGAGCAAGAUUCUGCCUCAAGCUCGUGCUGAAGAGAUCCUCAAGAAGAACUUCGGUCAGGACAAGUUCAUUGGACUAGAGGAGUCUAUCGAGGCCAACAUUCAGAAUCUGUAG